AUGGAGAUCAGAAACGGAGAUGGAAUGCAGUUAGAUCAGCUCAUCCAGAACAUGUCACAGAGCCGAGAGACUAAUACCUGCACCCAAUCUUCUGAUAUGGAUGAGCUUAUGGCGGCUUUCCAAUUCAAUUGUAUGACUCCUGUAGAAUUGCCUCUAAUAAGAAUAUGCUCUGUUUUCUGCUGGAUUUGA